GGACCUGCAGUCUAUGAAGACGGGCUCGCAGUUGGAGGAAGGGAAAGAACACCCUAGCGCAGUGGACUCACAGAGAGUUCCACCUGGAGUGUCUAUGCACGAGAGUUCAGGAACUGAGGAGGAGCUGCCAGCGUCAGAUGUUGCAAGUCCGGACGCACAAGGAUGCAGUUUGGCACAGCGACGCCUCAAGGGGAUGAAGGGAGAUGCAGCCGGUGCUAUGGGUACAGCCUUGGGCUGGUUGGGGCUGUCUGAGCUAGCCUUGGAAUAUCCCUACGAGGAUCUUGCAAGUGCGACCAAUGGAUUUCAUGCGGACAAUCGCCUCGGUGCUGGUGGUGUUGGUGCGGUCUACAAGGGCAAGUUGCGUGGUGCCACCGAAGUAGCAAUCAAGGUGUUGGCUGACAUGGGAGGAGUUGAGGGCUUCGAAGAUGAGGUUCGAGUCCUCAGUCGCUUUCGGCAUCCUCAUUUGGUCACUUUGAUGGGCUUCGGGCAGAGGGAAGGAGAAAAGUAUUUGGUGUAUGAGCUUAUGCCGGGAGGUGACGUCGAAGCCAAGCUGAGACAAAGCCGAGCAUGGCUGGAGCAGCACAGGCAAAGCGGUGUCCCACAAGGAUUGCAGGACCCUUCGGAGGCGCCGUUUCCAUGGCAGCAGCGUUUGCAAGUUGCUUUGGGUG